AUGUUCACAACCCAUACCACUGGUGACCAACUCGGCUUCGUAGAUGUCUUCGGACGCUCUUCGCUUGCCUCGACGGAGUAUGCGCACUACCGUCUCCGAGCUUUCAGUUUACAUGUCAUUGCGGAGAGACUAAGAGCUGAGAAGGAACGAUUUGACUCUACGCUGCAAGAGCUGUACUCGUGGAAAGAAAAGCAGCUUUCGACUCUCGAGGACAUCGAGAAACGACUUGAUGGAAAUUCUCAAAGCGGUCCACCGUCCCUCGCAGACCCGGUCAGCAAGGAUACAGCUACGUUGAAGCUUGGUUUGGCAGAGCGCCGUAUCAAUGCAGAGCUUCGGAAGCGUUCCGAGGUUGUACCGAAGGAACUGUACAUCCACCAGACGCUCGCGCAUGUCCUCAGAGAAUACGCCAGGCUCGUACACCCCAGUCUCCUCGACAGAAUGUUCGGAUUGCUACCAACAGGGAAGCUACCACGGGAGGUUAGGGACAUGGUAUACGACCAUCUACUCCCUGGGGAGAGCACUUACACUAUCAAGUUAGCAACAGACAACACUGGCUUCUCCAUCCACAAAGGAGCAUCGGACGGUAUUAUACCUACUCCACCAGUCGGCUGUCCAUACCCCAUGAUAUCAACCACCCACCCACUAGCCGAUGAGAUCCUCGAAAGAUUCCAUUGGAGAACGACGUUCAUCAUUCAGAAGUACAUGUGCGCAAAGCCGUUGUCCAUCCACCAUAUUCUCGCAAAGCUUCCGUGGUGGUCGAACAUCGAUGCGAGUGUACUCCCCAAAACCAUCGUCGGCCGCAUCACCUUCGUCAUGCGUUUUGACAAUAGUUGGAGGAUUGAGUCAGAUAUGGAGGAGACUAUUGGAGAUUUGAGAAAGAUCUUGAACUCAGCCAGUCUCGGCGUCACUGUUUCUCUAUCGAUCUUUCCUGCUGAUAGUAAGCGCGGCGCCGAGUUCCUCGAUCUAGUAGAACCACUCUUGCCUGAGUUGCAGGAGAAGGGCCACGAGAUUCGCAUGAUCGACUUGGCUUGUUGGACAAAGAUGCACAGGUGCAAAGAGUCACCAACAUGA